AUGACCGAACAAUUAACUCCAGACGAAAUUGCACUCUAUGAUCGACAGAUUCGUUUGUGGGGUGCCGACACCCAGCUCAGAUUGAGAUCAGCUAAACUUCUCAUAAUUAACCUAGCUGGAGUUGGAACCGAGAUCAUCAAAAACUUGGUUCUUGGAGGUCUUAACAGUAUAGAAAUAUUAGAUUCUAGUGUUGUCAAAGAUGAGGACUUUGCCACGCAGUUUUUCCUACCCAAUGAUGAUUCUAUCGUUGGAAAACCUAAACUUCCACUUGUUAUUUCAGCAAUCAAGGAGCUCAAUCCUAGAGUCAAUCUUCUGAUCAACACAACAAAGCUUGAAGAUGUAUCAGAGGACUAUUUCAAGAAUUUUGAUUUGGUUGUGGCCACUGAGCUCACUAAGAUUGAAAUCCUCUAUGUCAACACGCUAACGAGAGCCCAAGGUAUUCCUUUGUAUGUGGCUGGGUUGCACGGUAUGUUUGGAUAUAUUUUCACCGACUUGAUCAAGCACGAGUCCAGAGUGGAGAGCGAAAUGGGUAACCAGCCACGCACUGCCAAUACUAAGAUCAAUGGAGUGAAGACGAUUUCAAAAGUGGAGAUUAAAGAAGCUGACAAGAAGGAAGUUGUCACCAUUGUUGACGCAUUUGUUCCUAUCAGUGAAAUUUUCACUUCAUCUCGGUUGCCGUCGCAACUCACCAAGCGUCAGCUCAAGAGGUUGUCGGCUGCAUUGCCUUUGGUACUUUCACUUUUUGAAUUGGAACGACUCUCUAAUCCAGAAGAUGUGGUGGAUAUUGAAAAACUUAAGGCUGCUCUGUUGAAGGUUUGCUCGGUUCUCGGUCUUCCCGAGUCAGUUAUAACCGACCAGUACUUGCAUUUCUUUUCCAAUCAAGCGUUUGCUGAAUUUGCACCUGUGGCUGCGAUCUUGGGAGGUAUUUUGGCUCAAGAUGUUAUCCAAUACUUGGGAAAGAAGGAGAGUCCUAUCAACAACUGUUUAAUCCUCGAUGCCCACCAAUCUGAAAUUCCUAUAUACUACUUAUAA